AUGAUAACCUUCACACUCCACCUGAAGUCCUACCUUCCCCCUGCCAUUAGGACCCUGAUUCUACAAAAGAAACCAAACAUCAGGAAUGUGUCCGGCAUGGCUGGGGGGCUCCGACCGGCCAGCGUGGUGGUCCUGCACCAGUCCCUGGCUCCAGCCUUUGAAAAGUUCUGCCAGGCCAACAGUGGCCCUCUGCCCCUGCUGGGCCUCCGCAAGCCAGGCACGUGGCCCUCGCCUGUCCCGAACGCUGUCCUGGACCCCAGGACGGGCUGUCCCCAGUUCCAGAAGUACGAGUUCGGCGCCUGCAUGGGCAGCCUGACCUCGCUGGAGGACUACACGGAGCCCCUGGAGGACAUGGUGGCCUUCUUCGUGGACUGCGGCUUCUCCCCGGAAGCAGCUCUGGAGAAGGUGGGGCUCCCCAGAGGAGACUCGGCCCGCCACGGUCUCAUGGGGGCCUACAAGAAUGGACUAGAAGCUAGCCAGUGUCCUGGGUUUUUAAAGUCCCAAAUCCUUUUCUCCAAAUGGUUGGGAAUCGAAGAUCUUUCCAAACCUGACUAUGGAGAUCCUGUGGUGUGUCAACCAGGGGACGUCCCAGUGUUCUGGACUUCUCAGAUGACCAGUCUCAAAGCUGUCAGCAGCUGCAAGACCCCACUGGCUUUCACCAGUGCGCCGGUGACAGUCAUGACCAACCUGAAGGAUACAAAGGCUCCAGCCCGUUGUCUUACCCCUGAGGGAAUUGCAGGCGUGAACCUUCCACCAGAGGUCCAUCGCAUUUCCCAAGAUCCUUUGCACUACAGCAUGGCAUCGGCUUCAGCUGUUCAGAAGAUUAGAGAGCUAGAGACUAUAAUUGCCAUAGACCCAGGCCAGCAGGGGAUCGGACACCUGCUCUGCAGAGAUGAGCUGCUGCGAGCCUCCCUGUUGCUGUCGCACAUCCGCUCGGAGCUCGUCACCACCGGCUUCCCCACACACUUCAACCACCAGCCCCCAGAAGAGACGGGCCCUCCGGGAGCCAUGGCCCUGACCGCCUUCCUGCAGGCCUUGGGGAAGGGCGUCUCCAUGAUCCUUGACCAGAGAGCCUUGAGUUUGUUCGAGAGGCUUGUGGAAGAAGCUGUUGAGCAAGGUGUUCUGAAGACACCGAUCCCCUUAUUAACUUUCCAAGGUGAAUCAGCGGGAGCCGCUCAGGCAUUUCUCUGCAAAGAUGGAGACCCCAAGUCACCGAGAGUCGACCAUCUGGUGGCAAUAGAAUGGGCAGGAAGGGCUUCCGAUGGCAGUUACUGUAACGCCAGGAAGAUGAACAUCAAGCACUUGGUUGACCCCACUGACGAACAGAAGAUUCCUGGAAUCUCAUCAACUGGAGUCGGUGAUGGGGGCAAUGAGCUUGGGAUGGGCAAAGUCGAGGAGGCUGUGAAGAGACACAUUCGAAAUGGGGAUGUGAUCGCCUAUGACACGGAGGCUGACUUUGCUGUCACCACUGACCUUGUCAGGGGCUACGAGCUGAUUGAUGACACCUUAUGGGAGGGACUAAGCGAAGAAAAGACGUUGGGCAUCCUGGUGCGGCACAAAGUUCGGAGUGGAGUCUCGGGCGUCGUGGGCAUGGAGGUGGACGGGCUGCCCUUCCGUGGCACCCACGCCCAGAUGGUCCAGAAGCUGGUGGAUGUUGCCACAGUGUGCGUGUGACUGUGCCUGUGGACCGCAUACCAGAUGGCCGGGCCUGG